CUCGUCGCCGAUGCUUGGUGGGAUCGAUGUUUCCGCGACUUGUUUCUCCGCACCCACCUACUACUUCUACCCCCUCAGUAGCUCUUUUAUUUAGACCAUCUCCAGGGUUUUGAGACAUUGGAUUUUUUGUCGCUGAACCGUGGGAUAUCAAGUUCAGUUAUCAUGGCAGACACUCAGCAUGGCGAGAAAAAUGGCUCGCUGGAAGAGCAGCCGACUAUUGAGAGCCAGCGCGAGGUCUCAAUGAGCGCUGGCGAGUACAUCGCGACUCGCGCCACCACGCUCAAGCCGCCUAUGAACCAGGCCCCCAACCCUAUCAAGCUGCUGAUGAUGCUGACCCGCAAACAAUGGGCCUUCUUCGCCGUAGCCUUCAUUGCUUGGUCGUGGGAUGCCUUCGAUUUCUUCACCGUCAGCUUGACGGUGGAGCAGCUCGCAAAGGAAUUCCAUAAGACUAACACGGAUAUCACUUGGGGUAUCACCCUUGUUCUCAUGUUCCGUUCCGUCGGCUCCAUCAUUUUUGGUAUUGCGGCAGACAGAUACGGCCGCAAGUGGCCGUUCGUCAUUAAUAACAUUCUCUUCAUCAUACUCGAACUCGGCACGGGAUUUUGCAACACCUACGACCAGUUCCUUGCCUGCCGUGCUUUGUUUGGCGUUGCCAUGGGUGGACUCUACGGCAACGCCGCCGCUACUGCCCUCGAGGACUGCCCGGAAGCUGUUCGUGGCCUGAUCAGUGGGAUGUUACAGCAGGGGUACGCUUUUGGCUACUUGCUCGCCGUAGUCUUUGCGCGCGCGCUGGUUGAUACCACUUCGCACGGCUGGCGCCCAUUCUACUGGUUUGGGGCCUGCCCUCCAGUGUUGAUCAUCGCCUUACGGUUGAUGCUACCAGAAACGGAUGCGUUUAUUGCAAGACAGAAGGAACGUGUUGCGAUGGGCGGUAUUACGAGCACGUUUAUGAAGGAGGGCAAGGUCGCGCUCAAGAAGCAUUGGCUUUUAUUGACCUACAUGGUUCUCCUUAUGGCUGGAUUUAACUUUAUGAGCCAUGGAUCUCAAGAUCUUUACCCCACCAUGCUUUCGAAUCAGUAUAACUACUCUCCAAAUGCCGUAACUGUCACUCAGGUGGUUGCAAAUCUUGGAGCCAUUACAGGAGGUACCACAAUCGGUUACUGCUCGCAGAUAUUCGGUCGCAGAUUCUCCAUUAUCAUCGUCAGCAUCAUUGGCGGGGCCUUGCUAUACCCAUAUACCUUCACAUCUUCAUCGGCCAUCAACGCAGCUGCGUUCUUCGAGCAAUUCUGCGUCCAAGGUGCCUGGGGAGUUAUUCCAAUCCACUUGAUGGAACUUUCCCCCGGCGCUUUCCGCACUUUUGUCGUCGGAACCAGUUACCAACUUGGUAACCUGGUCUCCUCAGCUAGCUCGACCAUCGAGUCGACAAUCGGCGAGAGAUUCCCUCUGCCUCCCAAUCCCAAGACUCACGCGUCAAGAUACGAGUACGGCCGUGUCAUCUGUAUCUUCAUGGGCGCCGUGUACGCUUACGUGAUUGUCCUUACCUUCAUCGGCCCGGAGUACCUGCAGAGAUCGUUUGCCAUCGAGCACGACUAUGAUUUGCGCGAGGUCAUAGGACGCCCAGUGGGUGCGGAUGCCUUGGUGGGUGGUCACGGAGAAGGGAAGGAGAGCGAGGAGGAUGCUAGGAGGGUCGAGAAGGCGGAGACCUAGGAUGUUCAUGUUGCCAUUGGUUGGCAGCCUCUCGACUUGGGAGUGAGAGAUGAUCGGUGGCGGUAAUUUUGGAUGAUUUAACGUUCGUCAAAGAGCGAUAAUCUAUGGUUCUCUUUUGACCAGAAGGUAUGACAAGCUAUAGGAGAUAAUCAAUUGUUUCAUCCUCCAAGCACGACAUUAGCUCCGAUCUGCCGGACGAUUUGCAUCGCCAUGCACAGGGGAGCUUCAAACACAUACUGUAUGCCAAUUGGAUACCAUGAAAAUGCCUGGUCCUCCGAUUUUCAUGAUCAGACUGAAUGACGAAAUAUCCACGCAACACGUGAUAUUUGCCUACCAUAUCAGGCCGCAAACAGCAAAAUCAUAGUAGUGCGGUCCGUGCCGAUUUCCCAACAGCUCUCCCUUCGAUUUCUCCCGAACCAUCCU